GGGGAACUUGUAAACCUAAAACGCAGAAUCGGUUUGUAAAUCCUUAGCAAGAGAGUUGAGAGGCAUGGCGAGCUACGACCUCACUCCGCGCAUAGCGCCGCACCUGGACCGGCACCUGGUCUUCCCAAUUCUGGAGUUUCUCCAGGAGCGCCGGCUCCAUGAGGACGAGCAGAUCCUCAAGUCGAAGAUCGAGCUUCUCAACAAGACCAACAUGGUCGAUUACGCCAUGGAUAUCCACAAGAGUCUCUAUCACGCCGAAGAGGUCCCCCAAGAUAUGGUGGAUAGGAGGGCGGAGGUGGUGGGGAGGCUCAAGGCGCUGGAGGAGGCGGCGGCACCGCUCGUCGCUUUUUUGCAGAACCCAAAUGCCGUGCAGGAGCUAAGAUCUGACAAGCAGUACAAUCUCCAAAUGCUCAGUGAACGAUACCAGAUCGGAACAGACCAGAUAGAGGCCUUGUAUCAGUAUGCCAAAUUUCAGUUUGAAUGUGGAAACUACUCUGGCGCUGCUGACUAUCUGUAUCAGUAUAGGGCCUUAUGCACAAAUAGUGAGAGGAGUCUGAGUGCAUUGUGGGGAAAGCUUGCAGCUGAGAUUUUAAUGCAAAACUGGGACAUUGCUCUUGAAGAGCUUAAUCGGUUGAAAGAAAUUAUUGACUCAAAGAAUUUUGCAUCACCAAUGAAUCAAGUGCAAAAUAGAAUAUGGUUAAUGCAUUGGAGUCUAUUCAUCUUUUUCAACCAUGACAAUGGAAGAACGCAGAUCAUUGAUCUGUUUAAUCAGGAUAAGUAUCUUAAUGCCAUUCAAACAAGUGCUCCCCAUCUUUUACGCUACUUAGCCACUGCAUUCAUUGUCAACAAAAGGAGGAGACCUCAAUUCAAAGAAUUUAUAAAGGUUGUUCAGCAAGAGCAACACUCCUACAAAGAUCCCAUUACGGAAUUUUUAGCAUGUGUGUAUGUAAAUUAUGACUUUGAUGGGGCUCAAAAGAAGAUGAAGGAGUGUGAAGAAGUAAUAUUGAAUGAUCCCUUCCUCGGCAAACGAGUUGAAGAAGGAAACUUUUCUACUGUACCACUACGAGAUGAGUUCCUUGAAAAUGCUCGCCUAUUUAUCUUUGAGACCUACUGCCGAAUACAUCAGCGCAUUGACAUGGGAGUUCUUGCUGAGAAGUUGAAUUUGAAUUAUGAGGAGGCUGAGAGAUGGAUUGUGAAUCUUAUCCGGGGCUCAAAGCUUGAUGCCAAGAUUGAUUCACACUUAGGAACGGUUAUUAUGGAACCCAAUCAUCCCAACGUGUAUGAGCAGCUAAUAGACCACACCAAGGCACUUUCAGGACGUACUUACAAGUUAGUCAGUCAACUUCUGGAACAUGCACAGGCACAGCCUGCACGUUAAGUUUGGUAGUGAAGUUUCUAAGAAGUCAUUCAGAAUUUAUUUCCUUUGAAAAUUCCCAGUGUUAGCGACUAGAUAAUCAAUUCUGGCAAAGAUAAUUAUGUUUUUUGUUCCCCAGGCUUUGCUGUUAACUUGUUCAGAUUUGAAGAGAUGUUGCUCUUUUUCUUUACUUUCUACAGUUAUGACAAUGGAGAACUGCCUGACUCAA